AUUCACUCCAAAGUCUCUAAUACAAACCUCAGUUUAAACGGUUUGGAUCCAAACCAUGCUCCAAAUAGUAACAAUCUUAUAAACAACUAUCCCACGACGUGCCUUGUCGUUGACCUUACGUCUAAAACUCCAAGAAAAUAAAAAAUAUAAGACUUUGUGUUAUAAAGAAGAAGAAUCAAAGAUCAAUCAAUCAUCUUUAUGUUGAUCAAAAUGGAAGCUCAAACCAUUCUUCUUUAUCUUUUACUCUUCUUUUUAUCUCUACACUUCGUGUUUACAACUCUAAAACCAUGGCUGAGCCCCGCGAAAACGCGGUGGCUGAUCCGUCUCCUCCACCUCCCGAUCAAGUCUCCGGCAGCCGCCACUGUUUUUGCCAGAAAAGACGUCCGUGAGUUUCUUGAUUCAUCAAUCCAACUGGAAAACAAAGAAGAAGACUCUUUCGGUUUUGAUUUCGAUUUCAGAACGUACAUGAUCAGCAAAGCAGAGUCAAUAAACAGAGCAUUAGACGAAGCCAUUCCACUCAUCGAGCCACUCAACAUCCAUAACGCAAUGCGUUACGCGGUUCUCGCCGGCGGGAAACGCGUCAGACCAAUACUAUGCCUCGCGGCUUGCGAGCUAGUGGGCGGGGAAGAGCGUUUAGCGAUUCAAGCGGCUUGUGCGGUUGAGAUGAUUCACACAAUGUCACUCAUCAAAGAUGAUCUUCCUUGUAUGGACAAUGACGAUCUCCGACGAGGUAAACCAACUACACACAAAGUAUUCGGAGAAAGCGUGGCCAUCCUCUCCGGCGGCGCACUUUUAGCCCUAGCUUUCGAGCAUUUGACCGAAGCUGACGUGUCAUCCAAGAAAAUGGUUAGGGCCGUUAAAGAAUUGGCUAAGUCUAUUGGAACGAAAGGACUCGUGGCGGGACAAGCUAAGGAUUUGAGCAGUGAAGGGUUGGAUCAAAACGACGUUGGUUUAGAGGAUCUUGAGUUUAUUCACGUUCAUAAAACCGGUUCGUUGCUCGAAGCGUCGGCGGUUAUCGGAGCGGUUAUUGGUGGUGGUUCAGAGGAAGAGAUUGAGAAAGUGAGAAGCUUUGCGAGGUGUAUUGGAUUGUUGUUUCAGGUGGUUGAUGAUAUUUUGGAUGAGACUAAGUCGUCGGAGGAAUUAGGAAAAACCGCCGGAAAAGAUCAGAUCGCCGGUAAGCUGACGUAUCCGAAAGUGAUUGGUCUAGAGAAAUCGAAGGAGUUUGUGAAGAAGUUGAAGAGAGAUGCGAGAGAACAUCUUCAAGGGUUUGAUUCGGACAAAGUGAAACCUUUGAUUGCUCUUACCAACUUCAUUGCCAACAGAAACAACUGACAAUGUUGUGUGUUUGCUGUAUUGCUAAGCAACUAACGUGGAGAUGUGACAAUGUAAUCAAAAAAAAAAAGUAACGGUGAAAUAUGAAUGGGUGAUAGUGAAACAAUUGGUAACCAAAAAAAAAAGUAACGGUGACCAAAAUUUUUUUUAGAAUGGGUGAUAGUGAAACAAUUGGUAAAAAUAAAAUAAAUGUCUGAUUACCUGAUCAGGGGUUAUGGAUUUAUAGCAAUAAUGUGGGUCAAUGACAUAAUGUGGUCUGGUUGAAG